AUGUCUUCUGGCUGGGCUGGUGAUGCCAUUCUGCGUGAUAUCCGUCGAUUUGUUGGUAUCUCUGAGGUUAGUCAUAAUCCCCAGAAUUAUCAGCAGAUUCUGGGUUCAAUCUCAAUCAUCAAUUUGUCUGAUGUCCAUUGCUUGUUCGGCUUUGGAGUACUCGCGUCCAUGGGUCACCUUCACCCCAUCUACUAUUACAAAUACUGCAAUGCACAGCGAGAUCUUAUCAGUGCCAGACUGACCUUCUUCGGCCAUACAGUCGUGGUCAAUGGAUCUGCACUGUCACCGUAUGAGAUCAAAGUCGAGCUAUGCAAGAAAGCAUUAGAGAAAAUGCGCCGAUACACUCCGCGGUACUUGAUUGCUCCCCUCCCAUCGGAGGAGGGAACUGAUCAUCUUUGGUGUUGGACUAUGCUCCUGCAAGAGUUUUGUGUCGCGGAGAGUAACAAACCCCCAAUCUACAGCCCCAGUCUAGCAAGUGGCACGAACUGGAACUGUGACGUGUCUGUCAUGGGUAAACUGUUUCGCAUAACCAUCCCCUGCGCAAGCAGAGAGGAAGCCCAGAACACCGCGUCUCAUUAUGCUCUGUUUCGGCUCAUAACAGUCCAGGGUACCUUCCAUAUCUUGCCACCCGAUCCUCCGGGAUUUGAGCAGAUACUCGAAGAUGUCGAAAUCAAGGUUGAGGCCCACCGUUCUCUGGCUACCACCGAGGAAGCCGAUCAGCGGGAAAUGGAUGAGCUUCUCAAAGCCCAGGAGCUUGAAAUCGAUGCGCUCUGCAACGUGCACAAAGAGAAGAAGUCGCAGAUGGUCAGAAAACAAGCCAAGCGCAAAGCUCUCAUGAUCAAAGCCCACGUUCAGCGUACGGAACUAAAGAACUAUCCAAUUGAAAACAGAACCCGGAAAUCGAUGCACAAUCCCAAUUAUGAGCCAGUGCGUAACCCUCGACUGACCCCCAUCUUAGAGGCCUGUGAGGAUGAUACGACCUCAAAUGCGACAUCAGUGGUCGACGCAGUUCUUCUCGGUCUAGAAACAAUGAGCAAUGGUUGCUCUUUCCCAACCAUGUUGAUGAAGCUCUGUGACAUACUGCAUGUCACAUAUCCAUCAUUCACAUGCAGGCCCGAUAUCCGCCCCGUCCGUCGCAAUUAUCACUUUUUCAUUGUUGAAGUCUCUUUCGACAGAAGCAACCACCACCUCCACCAGGCAAGCCCCAUUGCGUUGUUCAACGAUUACAGAGGUAGCCAAGAGACACACCAGGCCGACGCCAUAACAAAGACAAUUCUUCACCUCCUGUUGAUGGUCCAGGAGGACGCAGCAGAAGAGCCUCACAACCCAAACAUCCACAAGCUUCACAGCCUUGUAGGGGAGUUGAUUGAGUGCACCCGUCGUCUGAUCGUGUGGGAUGUUGAAGAAAACAACUAA